UUUUGCGCUUGCAAGAAAUCGGGUCAGUAGUGUAACUUCUUAUAAUUCGUACAAAAACAUAUUUUAUUCGAUAAAUCAAGUAAAGUGCAAUAACGAGUUCAAUAAAACACGAAAAGUUGUUGUACAACGUCAAAAAUUGAUGGCAAAAUAAGGCAAAUGUCGUGUUAAAUUGCAAUUGAACAAACAAUAAAAAGACAAUAAUGAGUUCUCCCGACGGCGAAGAAGACUUUCCAGGCAGAUUAUUGCAUCAGGCUGCCUUAUGGGAUAACUUCGAGUUGUUGGAAGACUUGCUACACGAGGAAGCACAUCUCAUCAAUUGCGUUGAUUCAUGGGGACGAACACCGUUACACGCUUCAGCAAUUACCGCAAACUCAAAGUGUUUGAAAAUCCUCAUAAAUGCGGGAGCUGAUGUCAAUAUUCAAUGCGGACCACGCGGAGACAAUAAAACAGCUUUACAUCUUAGUGCAGAACACGGGCAUGUUUCGAACAUGCGAGAAUUGUUAGAUGCAGGCGCAUCGUAUAUCGUUAAGGAUAUCAAUGGAUUAACGCCUCUCGAUUUAGCGGAUCGCGGAAAGCACGAAGAAUGUGUUGCAAUUCUGAGAGAUGCCGCAGAUGCACGUGAACAAAUGCGCUUACUUAAGCAUAAUGAAUUGCGAGAAGCUGUUUCAACGGGUGACAUUACCAAAGUUAAGGUAUUAUUGGAUGCCUUGGGAGCUGAAAAAGAGAUAAUUGUGAAUAUGGCGCCAUCGGGUGCAAAUACCCUUUUAUUCAUUGCCUCGCAAAUUGGUUAUCAUAAAGUUGUGAAAGCGCUUAUCGAGUCAGGAGCGGAUGGAAGAUCUCAUACUGUGACAAAAUACUCUCCCUUAUAUACCGCAGUUCAUCAUGGGCACAUUAAAGUUGUAAAAAUAUUGCUUGAAACUUUUCCCGAGUUGGUACAACAUUUGACUGUCGAACGAUGGUUGCCCUUUCACGCAGCAUGCAUCAACGGAUUCAUUUCUAUUGUAGAAAUUCUCAUCAAUUACGAGUACCCCGAAGAAAUUAUGUCAACGUAUCGUGAUCCAAGCGGAAAAUGGGAAUGGAGAUUAGCAUUCGAUCCAAAUAUUCAAGAUGUAACAAAACAAACUGCUCUAUUUGUAUCGUGUUUGUUGGGAAAUAAGCCGUUAUUAGAAGUACUCUUGAAUUGGAAAGUAAAGUGCACAAAGAUAUUCAAUGGAAAAGACGACGAUGAACUUCCCGCUCAAGAAAUUACAAGCCCAAUGAGUCCUACGAGACGUCGAAUUUCGUAUGGCAUUCAAUCUAUUAUGUCUCGUUUGAGUUUAGCGCAAAGUCCUGACAAAUGCGCAGAUGAAACAUUACGAAGUCCCUUAGAUUUAAACUUACUUUGUGGGCAAUCGCGAGAAACAGCAUUGUUAGCAUCCGUUCGCGGAGGAUUUUUGGAUGUUGCCGCAUUACUCUUGCAAAAUGGAGCAGAUCCCAAUAUCAUUGCAAGACCUGUUGAAGAUCAAAGUGAUCCGAAAUUUUCCGAUGAAAUUUAUGGAUUAUCGAAUGCUCCGCUCGCAGAAGCUGUGAGACAAAAGUCAUUACCAAUGGUAGAGUUAUUACUUAAAUUUGGAGCAAAAGACGAACAAUCAACAGCUCUAACGACGGCAAUUGACAGUGCAGAUGAACAAAUAUUGUGUCGUUUGUUGGCUAUUAGAUCGCAUCAAGAUCCAGAAUACAAAAUAAACAAAAAAGGCUUGAACGAUGAUCAUUCUGAGGUUUUGAGUCCUUCAAUAAGCAAUUUGACGUAUUCUUCAUUGUAUCCAAAUACGCCAACUAUGGUUAAUUGGCACAGUAAUACGUGUCGUUUGUCGUACAUCAAAAUGAAUUGGCUCAGUGAAGCAGUUUUAUAUUGUAAUCCAAAGUUAAAACCAAGCCCAAAAUCGAGUAUAUUGGCAUUAGGAGCAUUAACUCGAAUUGACAUAUCUCACAACAGUUUGACAACAUUGCCUCCCGAGAUAUUCAAUUUAUGCAGUUUACGAACUCUUAAUGUAGCGCAAAACAAAUUAGAAUCUCUACCUUUGCCAACAGAUGUUCUUUCGGUAAAAUCGCCCGGAUCGCGACGCAGCUCGAAAGCAUCUCCCAAAGAAUAUAAUUGUCCCGUUUUAGAAGAACUCUAUUUACAGGACAACCAUUUGUCAGUUAUUCCUCCGCAAAUCUUUCGUUUGCCAUAUUUAGUCAUUCUCGAUAUUUCGAACAACAAAUUGGAGGAAUUACCAUUCGAAAUGUGGCGUGCCCCAAAACUUAAAGAGUUGAACAUUGCAUUCAAUUUGUUGAAAGAUUUACCCGUUUUGAAAGACAAUGCGGGAGAUCAAUGCGGUACAGAACCUCCAUCGCCUGUUUCAGAAGCUUCUCCUUACAUUCCAAGUACAUAUGAUGAGAAUAGCUCUGUAUCAAGAGGAAGAACUGUUGCGAGUCUCGAUCUUGUUCAUCAUCACAUUUGGUCGAAAACGUUGGAGAUAACAGAACAAGAGUUGAGGCUUCCUGAUGCUCGUUUAGAUAAUAGUGUGUCACAAUUAAGCAGUUUGAAUCUCGCAAAUAAUUUGUUCGUUAGUAUUCCUGUUGCUUUGCCAUGUCUUGCAGUUAAUCUUACUCGAUUGAACAUGGCAUACAACAGUUUGAGAUCAAUGGGACAUGUAACAAGUUAUCCUGCUUCGUUAAAACAACUCGAUUUAGGACAUAAUGAAAUAAGUUGUUGGCCCAGCUUACCAAGAAUCGCUGCAUCAGAUCCCCAUUUGGCAUGUUAUAAUCCUCAAGAAACACCAAAAAAUACUCCUGUAAAGAGUGCAAGCGGAAGCGCAGGAUCAUUCAAUAGUGAAUUAACUCUUGUAAAAACAUCGCAAAGUUCGAACAACAUUACAUCAUUGCGAUCUGCUGUUCUCAAAAGUGUUUGCUGUCAUCGACGUCAUCUACGUUUGGAGUCACUUCGAACGCUAAUUUUGGCCGAUAAUCUUCUCACACGAAUUCAGUUGUCUACAGAUGAUGUUUCAACAUUAGGCGAAACGGAUGAUUCGGAAUGGAGUGUUGUUGGCGUUGCAAAAUCUCGUCUUAUUUUUCCUAAUUUAUCAAUGUUAGAUAUCGGAAACAAUUGUUUAAAGGAAAUCCCAACAUCAAUACAUGAAUUGACGAACUUAAGUGUGCUCAAUAUCAGCGGAAAUGUAGAUAUUACGGAGCUUCCGCCUCACAUGGGACUCCUUUCUCGUCUUUGGAAUUUGAAUACGCGCGGAUGUGCUUUGCAAGAGCCAUUACGUACGAUGAUCGAAAGCAAGAAAUAUAAGACAAUGGAUAUAAUUGGAUAUCUAAAAUCUGUGUACGAAGAUGCAAAGCCUUAUGCUCGAAUGAAACUGAUGGUUGUUGGAGUACAAGGCAUUGGAAAAACAAGUCUUUUAGAUCAUUUACGAAGCGACGGAUCAUCAAGAAAUCGAAAACCAGAUCAUUGGGCGAAACGUAUGGGACACAAAGGCGUUAAUCAAAAGACGAAUCGAGGCGUGAAUAUUUCAACAGUUGGUGUUGACAUUGGAGAUUGGGUUUGUGAGAAAAAGAUACGAGGGAAUUCGAUGCAUGGCCCUGUCGUAUUUAGAACAUGGGAUUUCGGGGGACAAAAAGAGUAUUAUGCAACUCAUCAGUACUUUUUGUCAAAGAGAAGUUUGUAUCUCGUUUUGUGGAAGAUUCCCGAUGGAAGAAAAGGUCUUGCAGAAGUCUUACAAUGGCUCGGAAACAUUCAAGCUCGUGCCCCGAACUCACCUGUCAUAAUAGUAGGAACGCAUUAUGACACUGUUGGCGAUACAUUUCCCGCAAAAGUUGCUGAAGAACUUCAAAAUACAAUUCGCGAUCGUUUUAUUGCUGUAGCUGAUGCGGAAAAAAUGGGAUUGCCACGCGUAUUAGAUUCCAUUGAAGUUAGUUGCAAAACGGGACACAAUAUAAAACUACUUGCGAAUCUCAUUUACGAAACUGCAUUUUCGUUGAGAUUACCCGGUUCAAAAGAGCCGCUACUUCAUCAACGAGUACCUGCUUCAUAUUUAGCAUUAGAAGAUGUAAUUACGAAUUUAUCAUCACAAUUACGACAAAACAGCGUAGAUCCCGUUUUAAAUUCAGAACAAUAUCGCAUGAUGGUUACACAAGAAAUGCAAACGCGUGGUUACAAAUGUUUCCGUGAUUGGAGUGAAUUGAAUCAAGCAACAAUGUUCUUGCACGACAACGGAGUCUUGUUACAUUAUGACGAUGCAACAUUACGUGAAUUGUAUUUUUUGGAUCCUCAAUGGUUAUGUGAUAUGUUAGCGCAUGUUGUAACGGUACGAGAAAUUAAUCCUUUUGCGCGUACGGGAAUCAUGAAGAUGGAUGAUUUGCAAUUGUUAUUCAAAAACUCGCAACUCGGAAGAAACGAUAAUCGAGGAUAUAUCGUGAGUUUGCUGAACAAAUUUGAAGUUGCCUUAACAUGGGAUGCAAGAACACUUCUUAUUCCUUCAUUGUUGCCCGUUGAAGAAAAUGCUUCAAAUGGAAGCCCUGUAACGAUUAAAAUUGCAACAAGAUCUCGUGCAUGGGCAGCGAAUCGAGGAAGACGAAACUUUCAUACAACUCCUUCGCCAUCGUUACCAUUUUCUUUAGAAGCGCCUACAUUAACGAUCGACACAUCUCCAAAGUUCGACAUUUGCACAAUUCAUCGUCCUGAAAAAGCAAUUUCUCGAUUGCUUUUGAUGUCAUAUUUCCCAUCGGGAUUUUGGUCUCGUCUCAUAACUCGUGUAUUGGCGGAUGAUCAAGUUGUCGAUGCAAUUCGUUAUUUGUAUCCUUUACCAAAGGAAGCAAUGUCUGAUACGGAAGUUGUUCAAGCAGCAAAUAUCUCGUCACAUUGGUCUGUAUGGCAAACAGGAUUAGCAUUGUAUUACGGAACAACACUUGUAUUCAAAAUGAGAGAAAUAUCAGCAACAUGUCAAUUCUCGCCAUAUCGAAAUCCAUCAAACAGAUUUAAAUUGAAGCAAGACGGUAUUUGGUGCGAUGUAGAUAUGUUGGCAACAAGCAUUCUCGAAAUAACGUUUCCUUUUAAUGCAAUUUUGAUUCGAAAAAUUGACGAUGUUGGUAAAGAAUUGUCAUCGUAUGAGAUGGAAGCCAAUAUACAAGGCAUUACACAACUUUUAUCAUUAACUGUUGAUCAUAUUGAUUUGUUGUUGGAAGAUUGGUUUCCAACACUCGGAACUCGUUUUGUGCACACGUCAGAAGGAAGAUUUCUCGUUACUCGAAUUGUUCCUUGCCCAAAGUGUCUCAAAACGUGCGAAGAACGGCAAAUAGGACCAAAUUUUCCCGUAAAUCCAGGCGGAGGAAAACCAAUGCCAAAAGGAGUUGUUAAACGCUUGAGUACAGAUCGACGAGAUUAUAGUCGUGAAUAUGGCGAAGCAAGCGGAGGAUUAAAUGACUUACAUGGAAUUCUCAAUGAAAUGAAUGUUGUUGCUGUUCCAACUCGAAAAUCACAAGAUUCUCUCGGAUGGUCUGAUGGAGAUUCGGGUGUUGGACCUGAUUCAACGUGUUCAUCGAGAAAUGUUUCUGUCGAAGGUCAUCCAUUACUUGCUUCGAAUCAAGAUUCGCCAAAUUCUCCGAGUUACACGUGGAUGAUAGAAGAAUGCAUUCUCGCGGCAUACGACAAAAAAUCAAUUCCAUGCCCAACGCAUGGCGAAAUCGAUUUGAAACUUAUCACGCCAGAUGUUAAUUUCAUGGAUUUGUCAGAGACGUAUGUAAUUAAACCGAAUGAUAUUACUCGAGGACCUCUUCUUGGAAGAGGAGCUUUUGGAUUUGUCUUUAAAGCAACGUGUAAACUUCGCGGAUCUCGUCAAGUUGUUUCUGUUGCAAUGAAAAUGUUACAACCCGUUGCUCCGGGAAGUCGUGCACGACAAAGUGCAAUAAUUGCUUAUAAAGCAGCUCUUGGAAAAUGGGAAAGAGAUCCUUUGCAACAUGCGUGUAAAGCAUAUUGUACAGCAAGACAAGAACUCGCAGUUCUCGUUACGUUAAAACAUCCAAAUAUUGUUCCUUUAAUCGGAGUUUGUACACAACCAUUGGCCUUAGUUCUUGAUCUCGCACCAAAAGGAGCUUUAGAUGUUGUUUUGCGACAUUAUCGACGAAGCGGAGCACGAAUAGGACCUUAUUGUUUUCAAGCACUCGUAUUACAAGCAGCACGAGCAAUUGAAUAUCUUCAUCGACGACGAGUCAUUUAUCGUGAUUUGAAAGCGGAAAAUAUUCUUGUAUGGGAAUUCCCUGAUGCUCAUACGGAAGACAAUCCUGCGAAUCCUGUGCAUAUUAAAGUUGCUGAUUAUGGAAUUAGUCGCAUAACUUUGCCAAGCGGAUCAAAAGGUUUUGGAGGAACAGAAGGAUUUAUGGCGCCUGAGAUAAUGCGACACAACGGUGAAGAAGAAUACACGGAAAAAGUUGAUUGUUUCUCAUUUGGCAUGUUCUUGUAUGAGCUAAUUUCACUCCGUCAACCAUUUGAAGGGCAUGAAGCUGUCAAAGAAUGCAUUCUCGAAGGCGGUAGACCUGUUUUAACACAACGCGAAACGUAUUUUCCUUCAUAUUGUCUCGAUUUGAUGGUUUUGUGUUGGGAUCAACAACCGAAAAUUAGACCAUCAGCAAGUCAAAUCGUAUCAAUUGCAAGUGCGCCUGAAUUUACACAUCUUCUUGAUUGUUGUUCACUUGCUCAUAGCGGAACAGUAAUUGCAGGCGUUGGAUGUCCUGUUUCAAGUUUUGAAGACGACGUCUUGAGCGGAUACGAAUUAUGGUUACCAUGUUCAAACUCGAGAAUCGAUUUACUUUUGGGCUCUAACAAAGGAUGGGAGCAAUAUCAUCGUAUAUUAUGUCCUCAAGUUAACUUUCAAAAUGUUACGGGAAUAGCGCAAACGAUGAAAUUAACAGCAGUUUGUAUUGUCGAAGGAUUUGUUUGGGUUGGCGAUGCUCAUGGAAGUAUUCAUUCAUUCAAUGCAUCGGAUUGUAUCCAUACAUUUUCAUAUGCACUCGAGCCUGUUCAACAUAGUCCCGUUGUUGCUCUCGUUUAUUUAGAUCGAAUAAAACGCGUAGCUGCUGGAUUGGAAAAUGGUAGACUAUUUCUCUUGGAUUCAACUUUAAUUCCUUCAACGUAUCAAAGUGCUGAAGGAAGCUUUGUUCUAACAGAACUCGGAUCGGGCGAACGACUUUACAGUGUUUGUGCUUUAUGGAAACAAGAAGGCGAAUAUGAACUUUGGUGUGGCGAAACGGAUGGCGUUAUAAAUGUAUUUGAAGUGCAAAACUCCGUUGUUACGAGUCAUCAUGCCUUAUCUCAUUAUCAAUCGUCAAUUCCGCUCAAAGGAUUAAAUGUGUCAUUACUCGAGUCGUCGGAUAAUUACGUUUAUGCAUAUGUAGCUCCCGGUUGUAUUCUUUAUCAAUGGAAUGUUCUGAAGAAAUCUAUUGAGAACAAACUUGAUUGCUCGAAACUUGUUCCAUGCUCUGAAAGUCUCAAAAGCAUUGCGAUCGAAGAACAUUUGAGUCCCGGAAAGUGUCAAGUAACAGCAAUGACAGUACUCAACAACGAGUUGUACGUUGGAACAACAUGGGGAUGCGUGAUUGUCGUCGAGAAACAAACUAUGAGACCAAUUACGAUUUUUAGACCGUAUCAAGAUGAUGUGCGAUGUAUAAUAGCAUUGAAACCUGUGCAAGAAUCUCAAGUUCCUUUAAUUGUUACCAUUGGAAGAGGAUAUCGAUCGUUAAUUGAUCGCUUUACUGACGUCAAUACGGGACAAGUAAUGACGCCUUGCACAACGGGAACCGACAGAAAGGCAAAAGAGGUCUUGCAAAAAGACAGAAGUCAUCACAUGCAUGCUCUCAUAUGGCGAUCUGAUCAUUGGCAACCAAUUUAAACAUUCCGUAUAUUUUACUUUUUUGUGUGAUAUUUUUUAUUUUUAUUGUAUUUAAGUGUGUC